AUGGAGCAUCAUGAUAUUAAUGCGGAAGAUAUUAGCAGCUCAGCGCGUCCUGCUGAUGUCUGUUCACGGUCAACGGAUGGACAGUUGUAUACUGGUCCAAGUAGUCAUAGCAACAUUGAUAGUGUUAGUGAAAGUGGUAGCAUAGCUUUAAAGCCUGCAUGCCAACUAUCUUGCAACUCGUCAUUAACUAUGAAUAGUCGGAACAUCAUUGUGGACAACAAUAACGUCAAAGUGGAAGUGAAACCUGAUGUAUCUACUAAUAAUAGCGUAGUUGAUGUGAAUAAUAAACGUGAUGGUAACGAUAGUGGAAUCACUAUAGGUAGUGCUGUUUCUUCGGUUGAUGUUGCUAAUAUAGCUUCCUUGUGUACUUCGGAUCAAGAUGAAAUUGGAUGUUUGAGCGUGGGGAAUGUUGGCGUCGGUGGCAAUAGCGUCAGCCACAGUGAUGGCAGUACUGUGAGGGCUAACAUUCGGUACCCUAGGUGCAAUGAGGAGUCAUCUAGGUUUCAUGGACAUGCUGUUGUGUUGAAUAUGCAGCAUGACGAAUCGAGCACGGAAUUGUCCACCUGUCUCACUCCACCAUCAUUGACUUGUUCUACAAGCUUCGGGAUGAGCACCACCAACAGUGAUAAGAUAGACGAGGCUAAGAGCAUUACUAGUAAGGAAAGCAAUGUUGAUCGAGUAGAGUUAGCCAUUGUGCAUGAGUCGACUGGAUGUCAUGAGAAGUGUACUACUGCUUGUACAGAUGCGGCUACUAAUGAUAAUAGCAUUGAUGAUACUCCUGCGAGUAAUAGUGAUCGAUGGAAGUUGAAAGACACUCAUCGUCGUCGAAAUGAUCGUACGUUACACUCACAUACUGCUACCCAAGCUAAGAAGCAUAAGAAACGACAUGAUGCUACCAUUAUUAAGAAGCGUAAACUUCGUUCUCUUUCGGAUGCUAUGACUAGCAAUGGAAAUAGUAGUCAUCAGAAUCUUAGUAGUGACAGCGAUAGUAAAGAGACAGAAAGUGUGAGCAAUCCAUCCAUAGUGACUAGUCGAUCAACUUCAUCGAAUGAGCCUUCUAGUGUUUUGACAUCAUCGAACCCUGCCGCGAAUGUUAAGUUGAUUGAAGAUGCACAAGGUUGUGUAACUGUAACUGUUCCUACUCCGGUUGACUGCCAGUCGAGUGAAGAUGAGGAAGCGUCUGAUGGUAACAGCCAGUCUACAGUGUUGCAUGUUAACGAUGCUAUUGAUGAGCAUAUAUCUUGUGUCUCUGAAAUGAAACAUGAAGAACAACAAGUGAGUUUAUCGGUUCUGAAUUGCGAUACUAAUGCUGUUCUUUCAUGUAGAGAGAUGAGUUAUACAACAAUGGAAGAGUUUCACUCCACGGAUGCUAGUGUAGCCAGAAACGACGCGAUUUGUCUGACAGAACGGAAUCAUGUUGACGAUGAUAAUAAUCUGGAUGUCACUGAUGUGACAAAUGAGUUGUCGACGAUGACGAAUGCUAAUCAAACCUCCUCUGUAUCAGGAGAUGGAGAGUUAAAUCUUGUUCCUAUAUUAUGUUAUUUGGAGUCUUCGGGAGACGAGGAAAUUUCAGAAUUGGAGAUCCCACCCUUGCAUAUUAUCUAUCGGUCAAGAACUUCUGUUGAUAACAACGAGUGGUGGAUUGACGACUUACCCCAUGAUAUGGAAUGA